UUCGAAAGUUAUUGUUGUUCUUUUCUGAGACGCGCCGCGCUGCUACAUUGCUCUGACCUGGAAAACAGACCAAGCUAAAUCUAACUUUUUGAAGCGACCGGCUUCUGAAAACCACAACAAUGAUUCUUUAAUCUUUACAUAAGACACUCAGUAUUGGACCCCUACCUCCUUUUCUUCUGACUGCUGCAGAUAAGUCCAGAGAGGAGAGAUGGCCAUCGCUCAUGUUGCUACAGAGUAUGUGUUCAGCGACUUUCGGCUGAAGGAGCCAAACCAGGCUCGGUACCAGAACAUCCGAACGGAGCUGGUCGCGGACAAGAUGGUGACCUGUGUGGCUGUGGGGCUGCCCCUCCUCUUCAUCUCCCUGGCCUUUGCUCAGGAGGUCUCAGUUGGUACUCAGAUAAGUUGUUUUUCUCCCACCAACUUCUCCUGGAAGCAGGCAGGUUAUGUGGAUUCGUACUGCUGGGCGGCUGUUCACAAAUACACUCUGGUUCUGGGGCUGCACAAGUUCUUCCCCUACAUCCUGCUGCUGGUGGCGGUGCUGAUGUACUCCCCCGCCUUGUUCUGGAGGUUUUCCGCAGCGCCGCUCCUGCAGUCGGACCUUGCCUUCAUCAUGGAGGAGCUGGAUCGGUGCUACAACCGCGCUGUCACUCUGGCCAAACGCUUGACGACCUCCGGACUGCGCACCUCAGACAGCGAUCCCACAGAGGGUUGCUUCAACUACCCGCUGGUGGAGAAGUUCCUGAUGACCAAGCGCUGCUCCCGGGUGCUGCUGUCCUACUACCUGCUGUGCCGCGGCCUGACUCUGGUCACGCUGCUCUGUGCCUGCCUCUACCUGGGCUACUACCUCCACCUGGCCUCCAUCACAGACGAGUUCAGCUGCCUGCUGCGGGUCGGCCUUCUCGUUAACGACACCAGCAUCCCAGAGAAGGUUCAGUGUAAACUCAUCGCCGUGGGAGUCUUCUCUCUGCUCAGUGCUGUCAACCUGGCCAUGUUCAUCGCUCUGAUCCCGGUGGUGAUCUACGCCAGCCUCCGCCCGCUCUUCUGCCAGGGAUACGCCCUCUUCCUGGAGACCUACCAGUCGCUUCCCACCGUGAGCGUCCUGCCCACUCCCGGCGGCCAAUGGGACGACCUCUCUCUGUACCUGCUCUUCCUGGAGGAGAACCUUAGCGAGCUGAAGUCAUACAAGUACAUGAAGGUGUUGGAGAUGUUGAAGAAGCGAGGCGAGUGCGCCGGAGAAAACUUUGACACCGUGGGGCUGCUGCAGACGCUCUGCCUGGUGAAGAUGGACACUGUGGAUGCGAAGAAGGCCCCGGAACCUGAAGCCAAAUCGGACGGCGGUUUGGCUUCGGGAUCAGGACCCGUCGCCAAUGACGACAAACCUGCAAAGAACAACGUCAGCCGUCCGAACGACACCAAGACAGAAACGGAGAUGCAAGAGCUCCAUCCAUUGCUGCCAGGAAUCGACGAGACAGGGAGCAAAACCGCAGAGGGCAGGACUCUUCGUCAGCGAGUGAUGUGAUUGGCUGGAGCUCUCUACUCAUGAUGGAUCCACAAAGUCGGUCUGAAUGUCUGGAUUCUCCAACAUAACUUUUUUUUUUCUUUCAUUCUUGAAAAAACUUGAAACUGAAGCGAACAAAAAAGGACUUGCUUUGCUUUUAUUUCAGAAUUUUGCUGUUUAUUUUCUUAAACUUUUGGUUGUAUUUCUACAGAAGAGGAUUAGAGCCACUGGGAAAAAAAUAAAACACUUCUGACUUUAAUUUCGGAAAUCAGAAUUCUGAGAAAAAAGUCAGAAUUCUUUUGUUUUUCAGUGGCCCUAAUCCUCUUCCGUAUAUUCCAGAUGUGGUGGGUUAAAAAAAAAAAAAGAGAAAGAAAUCACUACAAAACCAUAAAGUGACUCCAGCUUUUCCCCUUGAUCGAGCCGACGUCGGAGGGGCUGCACUGACAGCAGAGCUGCAGAAUGUUGCUUAAAAUUAAAUCAUCUCAGUCCAAGCUGAACAGUUUACAGACUCCUUUUGUGAGGACAGCUGGUGCGCCUGAAUAUGAUCAUUAUUCAGACUUCAUUCGAGUUAUUGUUUGAAUCUGUGCUGCAGAUUUAAUCUCUCGUUUCAAACUUGGGGCUUCGAUUGCAUCAUCUCACCUCUGAAGCCGGUGUUACAAAUUUCCCCUGUGGAGAAACUGAAUGUAAAAUCUGCUCACUGGAUUUUCUGUUAAACGGUACAAAAACAGAAAGAAAAAAAAAACAUGCAUGAUGCAUCUUUGUUUACUUGUUUUCAUGAGAUGGUCGAUCACAUUUCAGGAUGCUUUAAAAUAAAAAUUGCACAACGUGGUUUGUUUACACUUUUUUCACAGGUUUUUAUGCUCAUGACUUUCAAAAGAAUUAAUUUGAAUCUCUACGUUAAUUUUUCCUGCUGAAGUGGUGGGUAGUUUUCUCAAAUUUUAUUUUAUCAUUUUAGAGAUACAGCUGCAUGAUGCUUUUGUAUUAGGGGGAGAUAUUUAACAAGGUACGGUGUGUUCAUUUUUAUCUCUUUUAAUUUUGUUGACUCAGGAACAAACAUCUGACUUCUGAUUUUACUUUAUAUUGAGUCCGUUUUGCUCAUGAAAUGGCUUUAAUAUCCAGUGUUCUUGAUGACGUUUUUAUUGAAAAAUGUUCUUGUGGUGAUGUCGACAGUGUUUUUGUACUUGUAGCGUUUUGUAGAAUUAAAGCAAAAGUUUGUUUUUAUUUUGUGAUGAAUAAAGAUUGAAUCCUGUUCUUACAGGUGAACUUUUG